GACGCACAAGGUGCUUUGACUCGUGCCAGCCCCCUAAUCUGCGGAAGUGGAGUGCGGGGGUGCGCCGGAAGAGGGGUACGGAAGUGCGCCGGAAGUGGGGUGCGGAGGUGUGCAGCGCGCUGUCAGACUGGCUCGCAGGCGGCGCGGCCGGCGGACCCGUUCGAGACAGCGCGGGCGGCUCGGGUCCCCUGGGGCUCCGCAGCAGGAGGACGCCAUGGACGACAAGGAGUUAAUUGAAUACUUUAAGUCUCAGAUGAAAGAAGAUCCUGACAUGGCCUCAGCAGUGGCUGCCAUCCGGACGUUGCUGGAGUUCUUGAAGAGAGAUAAAGGGGAGACAAUCCAGGGUCUGAGGGCGAAUCUCACCAGUGCCAUAGAAACCCUGUGUGGUGUGGACUCCUCUGUGGCAGUGUCCUCUGGCGGGGAGCUCUUCCUCCGCUUCAUCAGUCUUGCCUCCCUGGAAUACUCCGAUUACUCCAAAUGUAAAAAGAUCAUGAUUGAGCGGGGAGAACUUUUUCUCAGGAGAAUAUCACUGUCAAGAAACAAAAUUGCAGAUCUGUGCCAUACUUUCAUCAAAGAUGGAGCGACAAUAUUGACUCACGCCUACUCCAGAGUGGUCCUGAGAGUCCUGGAAGCAGCUGUGGCGGCCAAGAAGCGAUUUAGUGUGUACGUCACAGAGUCACAGCCUGAUUUGUCAGGUAAGAAAAUGGCCAAAGCCCUCUGCCACCUCAACGUCCCUGUCACUGUGGUGCUAGAUGCUGCUGUCGGCUACAUCAUGGAGAAAGCAGAUCUUGUUAUAGUUGGUGCUGAAGGAGUUGUUGAAAACGGAGGAAUUAUUAACAAGAUUGGAACCAACCAGAUGGCUGUGUGUGCCAAAGCACAGAACAAACCUUUCUAUGUGGUUGCAGAAAGUUUCAAGUUUGUCCGGCUCUUUCCACUAAACCAGCAAGACGUCCCAGAUAAGUUUAAGUAUAAGGCAGACACUCUCAAGGUCGCGCAGACUGGACAAGACCUCAAAGAGGAGCAUCCGUGGGUCGACUACACUGCCCCUUCCUUAAUCACUCUGCUGUUUACAGACCUGGGCGUGCUGACACCCUCAGCAGUCAGCGAUGAGCUCAUCAAGCUCUAUCUGUAACCUGUGAGCCCUUUCCUGCCAAGGUGCAGCUUACGUCGUUGAGGCAGGAAACGUUCCUUUUCAGUUUCCAGAAAUACAAGUUAGAUAAUUGGCUACUUAACUGAUGAAAGAUGAGCCCAAGUCCACCUGUCUUCAUCCUCCCCUGCACUCCAGACUGAUCUGCCUAAAGCACGCGAGAUGCAGGCGAAAAGCAGCCACACCCCUCUGCCACAAACGACCAACAGCUGGUCAGGACGUUACACACGGUGCCUUGUAAGAGGCAAGAAACACUUGCCGAAUCUGCAUCUGGCUUCCAGUGGUAAGCACAUUCCUCAGCAGGAUCAAGCCAAACAGUAAAAACUACCAAGAGAACACGAGGAAGGCAGAAACGACGUUUAGCAACAGUAUUCUGCAUGGUUCACCGCUUAAGAAAAUGCCUUCUGGAAUAUUUGUAAACUGAAAAUCUGUAUGUGUAAGAGAUGUUUAAAUAUGUUUGGGUCCUAAACAGCUUUUUAAAAUUAUACUUGGGAACAAAUUCAGCAUCUUUUCAAAUAAACUCUAUGAAAGAC